AUGUCCAUCUCAACCCUCGAAAAUAAUAGUAAACCCCCAACUCAUAUUGCCACUGACUGGAACUUUUUCCUGAACGAAGUCCUAACAGAACGUGUCCAAAUCACACCCUACUAUGACAAAGAAGACUGGAAAAUCGGAGAAAUUUAUUCUAUGAGAGUGAGCCACAUUUAUGAUCCUUCGCAUUUUUGGGUGGUCACCAAACACCUGGAAAUGGAUUUGCUGCACAGAUAUUUGAAUGAUUUUUAUUCGAAACAUAACAACCACUAUAAACUCCCCAAAGAAAAUUUGAAGUUGAAUCUAUAUUGUAUUGUUUAUACUGAAGGGGCAUAUUAUAGAGGAAUUUUGGUAAAGAUACCCUAUAUGAUGAAAAACAAAACUUGGGUUUUCGUUUAUUUGCUGGAUUUUGGUUUUAUGUCAAAGGUUUUGCCUGAUAACAUUUAUUUUAUGACGAAAGACAUGUAUUCCGUGAAGCACUUUGCCAUUAGAGCAUGUUUAGCAGGCAUUGGCCCAUUGGGAACAAACAAAUGGACCAGUGAAGCGGUAAUUAAGUUUACCGAAAUAAUUACCAAUAAAGUUGUCUACGGCCAAGUUAUUGUCAAAAAUGAUCCCCAAAAAGUUCUAUUUUUACAAGUAUGUGAAUAUAAUUCGUCAACAGAAUCCAUGGUUUCAAUCGGAGACACUCUCGUUGAUUGUGAACUGGCCAAAAAAAUGACCAUCCUAGAGAUAAGGAAAAUGAAGCAUUCUGAAAAAAAGAAAGGUUCAAAAGAAAGUACGAAGUUAGUAUUACCAUUUAAUCUUCCUACUUUUGAGGAUCUCGAAAACGGAUACGUUGUUGAUACAAUUACUGUUGCUCAAUUGCUCGAUAAAAUAGUAACAGUUCGCAGUGAUAGGCCAACAUUAGAAAAUGGAUUAUCGUAGUUAAGUUUAAACUGAUUCAUCCUCUUUAUGUAUUGA